AUGAUUCAGAACAUUGAGAAGACAGCUCUGCUCUCUGAGCAUGUCAAUCUGCUUACUGCUAAGAUGAAAUCUGAGACAGCAGACAAGAAAAUGCAGGAUUUUGAGAUACAGGUUGAUCUGGCUGAGAGAGAGCAGCAGAAACCCUUCUCUGAGAAGAUAGUGAAGAGAGAUUUGAGAUGA